GUGUCGAUAUUUUGUCGAAGUCCUUGAACUGUCCAUUCCUUCAGGUUCAACUUGCAUGUGAGUGAACGUUCCAAUGGUGAAACAUUGUAUUGAGCAGGAACUCACACGUCUAAAGUUGUCUUUUACAUGUACUCUAUAGGCCUUAGUCUCUGAAAUGACAAGCGGGCCACCACCAACCGAAGCCGGGCCUUCCAAAAGUGCCUCCUCGCAGUCAUGGCCGGCUGCAACAAACUCAGUUAACGGAGGCUGGGCAAACGCAAGUAGCAGAUCAACCUAUACUGGUAGCUUCCAAACGUAUUCCAACGUUGACCCAUAUUACGCCCACAUUCCUCCCAAUCAACCUCAAGCGUAUGGUCCAUGGAAGCAAGAGAACGGACAACAAAGUUACGCCUACUAUGGUGGUUACCCUCAGGCUUGGAAUGGAAACUGGCCACCAGGCUAUUCUUACCCUGCUGUUGGGUCUUAUGUCUCCUCACAACCCGUCGCCCCUCCCGUUGUCACCGACAUGACAGAAUCGACUCAGGCUCCAGCUCUUGGUACUACGGAGCCCUUCGUCAAACCCGACACACCUCCUCCGUUACCUUCAAAGAAGCACUGGGAUGAAAUUAUCAUAUCCUUUCUCAAGUCAGCCGGGCUUAUACAGGCCCUUCGUGGCUUUGAAGCUGAUAUGCUACUCAUGAACCCGGAGUUUGAGCUUAAAACGCUCCCUUCCGCCGUAGAAAAGUUAAGAGAGGACCUCGAACUGAUACAUCAAGCUAAGGCUACGAAUUCAGAAUGCAUAAACCAACAUUCGGGAGACCGGCCAUUGGAGAAACGUAAACUGGACUACAUUCACCUUGCCAAUGGAGUCGAACCCCGUUCGCCGACGUCAGUCACAAAAUCAAUCUCAAGCUUUCUCGCGCAGAAUCGUGCCAGAAAUGAUGCCUCUAAUCGCCAAGAAUUUCUCUUGAGCCUACCUGAGAAGCGCCAGCGUCUCAAUGAAGAUGGAGAUUCGACGACACCUAUACCUUCAUGUGCUCGUACUGAUGCAAAGACGCAGAAUCGGGAUCUACAGAUGAAGUAUGAUAUAGCGAAGAACGAAGAUGGACCUUUGCGGAAGACGAUGAAGACCUCGCAUGAAGGUUCUGCGCCGAGUUUGAGCAAACCUCGUCCAGCCACUCAGGAUGAAGCUGCGGCUCCUACGUCAGAACGGUACCCAGCUCUUGAUGAGCGGGUGAAGAACAUUGAAACGCACGCAGCAGUGCGAUACGUACCCUCACCUCCACUUUCUUUGCUUGAUCGACUACGAUUCCUUGAAGAUCAUCUUGUUCAUUUGGAAAAGGAGUACCCUCCAUGGGCUGCGCUACACUUCAACCAGCCAAACCGUGGUUGGCCUCCUCCACCACGACCAACCCCUAUCAUCGUCCCUUCACACCUGACCUCCACAUCAACGACUGCAUCUACCGAUACUGCAGAGUCACUGAGACCGGCUACACCAGUCGCUCCCGAAGAUUCAGAACCGGCCGCCUCAAGUACGAAGCAGACCAAAGGGAAAUCAGGCGGACGGCAGAAAUCCAGCUUGCAUCGGGCUGUGAUGGAACGUCUGGAAGUUCAGAAGGCGAUGAAGGAUUUGGCCAGUGGUGAGAGUACUCAUGGAGAUGCAGGGGCGGAAUGAUUAUAAUACCCUUGGAUGUAUCUCAUACUGCCUGUCAUGACCAUGUCUCAAAGGGAAUGCAGCAUUAUUGACUUCA